UUUUUCAGUCUUCCGACAGCACCAAUGAUUUCCCUUGGUACUAAUAUAACUCGAUCGUAAUGCGACUGGCAAUGGAGCGGUAAUUACAAAUGUUCUGCAGAAGAAAAUAGCUGCCACUUUAUUUUAAUAUCUUCAUCUCAUAUUUUCUGUGUUAAAUCCAUGAAAGUUUUACAACAAAACUAAUGAAACAGAUAUUUUACAAGGAGACCUGUGACAAUAAUGUUUACCCUCACGACUAGCAUCAAGCUCAGCUGACUUAUACGGAUGGCUAGUAGAUGUCGACAAGGUGCAAGUGAACCGCUUUUGUCAAUAUCAUAAAUUUUAAAAAAGUAUAAUGAAGAAAUCAAGAAGAAAAAAUAGGACGCGGAGUCAUACCAUUGUGGAUCAAGAUGAAGAAAGGAGAAAGAUCUGUGCCUCGAUCAUGAAGGUUUUUCAGGCUCAUGCACAGUCCCCUAGCGGAGAAGGUGCAGUUUUAGUUCGCGAUAAGUUAGAACGGAAAAGAGUCAUUGCUCAACAAAGUGAUAAUCACCAGCUAAGGGCUGAAACCAAAGAUCCCCAUUCAUCAUCAUCGUCAUCGUCACCAGAUUCUCAAUCUCAACAGAAAACUAACAAAGAGAAACGUAGAAAAAAGAAGAGCUGUAAAGAUAAGUCAGCUGAAGAACCUCACUCGAAAGUCAGUCAACAUUUGAGGGUUGCUCAUUCAUAUGCAUUUUUAACAAAACCAACAAUUUCUAAGGUAAAGAAUACAGAGUUGGCAAGCUGUGGUGGCUGCAUCACCAGGCAUCGUCUGACGAGAAACAUUGGACUAUUUAACCCAGGCAGAAAAUCCAGCACUAUUGUCAGAGAUCCGAUACCAGUCCCUGAGUCUGUUCAAAGAGAUGUGGACUUAAGUCUGCAGAAAAUCCUUGAUCAUAGUGAUGUUGACUAUGAAACUGAAAGAGAUGACAGUGGCAUGCAGUUGAUGCUAACACCAUCAUCUCACCAUCAGGAUGUCUCGUGUCUCAGUGUCACAUCUAGAAGUGCCUCUUCAAAUAAUGGAUCAGUUAAUUUUCAAGACAGAAUGCAGGAAGUUCCCUGUGCAGAUUCAGAAAACUUAUUUCCAAAGACUGUGCCAUAUGAAGACUUUGCCAAUGGCAUGCAGUCAGAGUUGACUUCUCAGCUGAAGAAGCAUUUCACACACAGAGAUUUACUUAGAGAGACAUGUAUGGAACUGAAGAAAUUGUUGAAUGAGAAACAGAGAAUUAUUCCAAAGAAGCAUGUGUUUGUUAGAAUUUCUACACCACAGCCAGGUUCUCUUCACCAAUCUCUUUCAGAAUCUUUCUCUAUUCUGGAUGAAGCAGAUGUUAAAGAAAAGAGGACUAGGAGUGUAGAACUUGUGGACAGAGAAGUUUCUGUUGCACAUUCCAUCAAGAGACAUGCAUCUGUUUCACAGACUUUGAAAUGUUCUCCAUCCCAGAAACGAUCAUCUGUUUCACAGACUUUUAAUCAUACCCCAUCUGAGAAACAAGUAUCUUUUUCGCAGACUUUAAAUCAUUCCCCUUCCCACAGCCUGAUCGCAACCUCUGAAACACUUCUGGCACCUGUCCUGAUUUGCCCUGCUGAUCAGCAGUGCAAGAUGCUGGAAACUAGCCAAGUGGCAAAAGAGACUAGUCAUAUGCCAAAAGAUUGUGGACCGAAAAACUGUUUGCUGAGUACUGUAGAUGUGGCUGGAAAUGAUUCUGCACUCUCUCUUCUUCACAGCAACUCACUUCUUUCUAGGUUAAAUGCCUUACAAGGUGCCAAAGAAGGAAGAAUGAAAAUACACAAUGAGAAUUGUUGUAAUUUACCAAAAAGGCCUAACCUUACAGGAGCCAGUUGCUACAACGAUGUGACUUGUGGUCAAAAGAAAUAUGACAAUGCUCACAUCAGCAGGUGGCACAAAGAGAAUAUGAGAUGUGAUAAAAAUGUUAAAGAAUCCACUUUUGACUUUGGAAGGGAACAGCAUCUUCCACCAUGGCUUUGUUUCAAAAAAAGUUGUGUGUUUUGUGAACCUUGCCAGUCAAAGGCAGCAGUAGCAGAGUUUUGUCACAGACCACAGUGUACAUCAAAUUUUGCGGAGAAUUUGUAUGACAGUCACCUGAUGAUGAAGGACAUGCUCCCGGAUACCUCUAGCACAAAAAGUGGUGCUUGCCAUAAGUGUGAAGCUUCAGAGGACAUCGAUCACAAAGCCAUGUUCUCUGACCAUCAAGAUGGAAUUUUCUUGGAUGAAUUUGAUGACAGGAGUGAAAAAAGGUUCAAAGGAGCUAACUCAUUCACUCAGCUGUUGAGUGUUGACUGUGAUCAUGACCUGCUCCCUCCUUCAGGAGAUGCUCCUUCCUGGUGCUUAGAGUGGAAACCUUUAGAUAUUUUGCCACCACUUCAAAAGCCUUCACUUGACACCCCAAGCCCUCCUGCAAGAAUGUCUCCUCACAAGCUGUACUGAAGCCAAAACUUUACUGCAUCUUGCUAGUAAUGUUCUGAGAAGAAGGCAGAAGCACUAUGCCUUCAUUUAUUUGGUUAUAUAUUUAUUGAUGCACACUUGCACAUGCAUAUAUAGUAGCUUAAACACACACUCUUUCUUUUUCUCAUACAGAUUCAGAAGUAUUUAUGAAUACACAGACUGAUAUGAAUAUUAACAUCCAUGCUUAAUUUCACUUGCAAACUGUGAAAAAUAUGUGAGAUAUAUUUCAGAGUACAUUCUGCCUGGCAUUUCACUAUUAUUAGAGGUUGCCAGAUGUUUAGUCAUUUGUGGCUUUUAAUCUUCCAAUUGUCACCAGAAAGGGAAAGUAGACAGAGGGUGUGUGUUCACAUGGGUAUGUGCAAGUUGAGCAAGAAGGUACAAACAUUUUUCUUAAAAGAGGCCAAAGAAUUUGACCUGAAAUAUUUACAGAUACAAAAGCAGUUGAUGUCCAACUUCUUUGUGAUCUUUGUCUUUGUUAUAAGAUUUGUCAGGGUUUAUUCCUGUAAAGAAUGUGAUUAUGUGGCAAUGAUACUUUGUCGUUUCCACUUUGCGUUUUUUUUUUUUAACAGUUAUUAAUACCAGGAAGGUACAUGAAGUGUUAAAAGACCUAAAAUGUUCAAAUGUACUAAAAAUAUUUGAAUGUCAGAAAAUUUCAAUAAUUCUUUUCCAAAGUUACUAUUCUUUUUAAUGAAAAACUUUUCUUCUGCUUCCAAAGUACCUUGGAGGGAGCUGAACCAAAUAAAAUAAUGAAACAGUG